UUUAUGACGUUGCUUAUCAAGAAUAUUCUACCAAUGAACAUUUGGCUGGCUAGUUAGAAAGGAGAACAUAAUCAUGGUAACUUGUUUUUGUUGGGUAUCUUCGGUGUUUUUUGCCGUCAGUUUUGCUGCAUGGAGUGAGGCGCUAGAACUCGACCUCAACUUAACACGGCAGGAAAUCAUCACAUUUCUUGGACAGCCAGCAAACCUCGGUUGCCACGCAACGACAACCCUAAUUAACUCGUCCCUUUCCUAUUCCUGGACAAAAGACAACCAGACGGUCACGCAAUCUCCAAGAGUGAAGGCAUUUGGAGACGUUCUAGUAGUAACGCCAGAGGGAGCCGCAGAUUUUGGAACAUACCAGUGUAACAUUACCAAUGGCGUGUCUAGCAUUUUGUGUAGAGUCUCACUGUUACAAGGACUUGAUAAACCUGAUGACUCUAAAACUGGAUGUGUCAACGUUUCCGUAUUAAUGCCUGUUCUGGCUGUGGCGGUCUUGUCACUUCUCCUGUUCAUUCAUCUCCUGUUACAAAGUAGAAGAAGAAGACGAAGAAAUGAUACCUUCAGGUCCAAGAGAAGUGAUGAAAUUAGUUUACAAAACCAAGAACAGACCCGAGUGCAUGACGCAAACGUUGUUAACGAAGAACACCAAUUACAGCCCAUUGAAUUACCAGCGAAUGGGCGUGUCCGACGAAUGUCAGGUGACGAAGUGGUUGAAGAAAACCAAGUCACACAAUUUUAAAAAAAGGUUUCUAUGGAAACGCGUUACGUAGAAAUGGACGUGGCAAUUCAAAGAAAUGUCCAAAAACACUACCUUAUAAGCUAUAUACAAUGUGUCGUGCAUAACAUUCACUGCAAUCACGAAAUUUUUAGGGGUUAAGGGUAACCUCCCCUCCCCCCUCAGCAUUCUGAGUACUCUGCCAUUGUAGUGUUAUCGUUUCCAUAAAUAUCAAUGACAAGUUUAAAGUUCAGACGGUGGACAUAACACACCUUUCCCCAUCCACCUCACCCUUAAAAAGGUGUAAGAUGAUUUCCGCAGAACAUUCGUGCAACAAUGGCAACAAUUACAUUAUCAAAAAAAACCUCAUGGCAUGGUAAUAUUUUUAAUACAGUUAGGAAGAACUUAUAGAGACCUUCGCUCUCAAGCUGACCCCGUGAGGGAAAAUUGAACUUGAAGUUUCAAUUAAAACAAACGUUUCGUGUUAGUUUAAAACACAGUAACACACGCUUUAAGCAUUCUUACGAGGUUUGACUUUAACUUUCUCGAGAAUUUAAUCGCGGGGUCACUUAAAGAAAUGAACCAAAGUGAGUUGUUUUCGACAGUAUUCCAAAACGUACCGCGCAAUGAGUAGAUUUUUAGUAAAUAAUUUUUGCACUUAUUGCUCGAACUUUCUUCGAGCGGAAUCCGUCUUAAUUAGUUCCCAGUGGCGUUACACUCAGAGAGUUGGGCAAAUAUUUGGUGGAAGUGUUAGUUACAAAUCGUGAUAUCAACAAUGAAAUUCUGUUUGCUGGUCUUAAUGACUUAACCCCGUAUCCACGAUUUUGUAAAAUAUGGCAAAUGACAAAGUAACUUUAUGUCCUUGAUCUAUCAUCUCUUUAUUAGAAAUAUCAAAGUUUGUGAAAGACAAGCUGUAAAGCAGAUUGGGUACAGGUAAAAACCAAGGCGUUUCUCUUUUUAUAUAGUGAUUUAAGCAUUACGUCAUUUGGUCCGUUAUCGUGAUUUUCUUCAUGGCUGUAACUUCUUACAUUACAAACUCCAUUCAAUAGCAGACAAAUUUCAAAGUUUGUGAAUACAAGUUGUAAAACAGGUCAGGAAUAAGUAAAAACGACGACCUUUUUUUCACCGUGACUUAAGCAUUAAUCCAUUUUGGUACAUUAUUUUCUUCCUUACGCAAAAAACUCUAGAUACAACCGCGGACAAAUAUCAAAGUUUGUGAAUACAAGUUGUUAAACAGGUCAGGAACAAGUUAAAACAACGACCUUUCUUUUUUCGUCGUAACUUGAGCAAAAAUUCAUUUUGGUACAUUGUACCUUAUUUUCGUCAUGGUAUGUAGAUUAUCAUGUACAAAACUCUAUACAGCACAGACCGCUGAAGAAUACAAGUUGUAAAACAGGUCAGGAACAAGUAAAACAACGACCUUUCUUUUUGUAGUGACUUAGGCGUUACUUCGUUUUGGUAUAUUAUUUUCUUCAGACAUAUGAAUUCUUCUGUAUUAAACUCUACACAACACACGAAUGGCUAAGUACCAAUUACAAUUUCUGAUAAAAGCCAUAGCGUAUCAUUUCUUUACAAAGGAACAAGGCACAUUUCCAGAUAGUCUAUUCCCUAGUUUUCCUACAAAAUGUAUAAAACUGUGAUCUUUGCGUCACACAACUCUUCUUCUCCAUCAAGUUUUUUGGAAAAACAUAGCAACUGACGAAGAUGCCCCAAAAGAUCCCCCAACCCUCUCCCCCUAUUUUCGGCUACGAUAUUCCGGUACCUCUAUCUCGAAAAUCUAUGAAAUAGAGGGAAGAUUGCUUCCUUAGUGAUGGUCAGAGAGAUCCCCUUGCUUCUUUCUUCUGCUGAGCGAAAGAAGCCUUCAAAACAGUCGAAAGAGGCGAGAGAAAAACAACCUCUCUUUGAGACACUCUCUCUUAGGCCUUAUAUAAUAAUUUACUACAAUAAUAUCUAUUUCGGGAGAUCUUUAAAAGAGCUCCCUGCCUAGCCUAAUUUCUGAGCGCAUUGUAAAGUUUGACGACGUAAAGGAUGUAAGGCAUAUAAACUUUCCUUUAAUUAAAAAA